GGGCUCAUGAGCGUUGUUUGAUGGUCCUUUGAUGAAUUAUGCAAUUAUCGAAAUUUGAAAGAUGGAAUCGAGGAUCGUUCCCUCGCCAUGGCUUACUGAAUUCUAAAUCUAACUUCGUUGAACCAGUCUCGCAUAUUGGUUACCAUAGAAGUUUAGUAAAAAGUAUAGAACUGGUUGGCUGCCUGGCUGGCGAUAGGCUUUUAGUUCCUUGCUUAAAUUCCAAAAGAAGUUUUUUGAGCAAAAAUAAGAAGAAAAAGAAAAAAAAAAAGUUUGCUUUUUAGUUCCAUGCUUAAAUUCCAGAAGGAUGUGAAAAGGUGGAUGUGUUAAGAGUACAGGCAUUAAUGUAAAACUUAAUGAAUUUGAUAGAGACUUGGAUUGCAGAAGUAUUCGAGGGCAGUGAAAAUGAAGUCUUUGAUUUUUAGCUGGGAAAAAUAGCAUCACUGUGCCGCCCACCAGAAGUUUACUUCAAGGUGAUAUCCCGACAGAUAUUUAGGACGACAAGUCUUUCUACGGUUGACUUGACUAUUAAGCACCGUGAAGAGAGUAAACAAACAAGUGCCUUCUUCUGGUUUUUUCAUCCUGGUCGACAUUACACAUCAUUGCAGAACUUCCCUCUUGCUGCUAGUCUCCAUUAGUUAUGGUAAAUUCUCUGGGAGUUUUUCUCACUCUGCCAAUUAUUCUUCAUACAGGCUCUUCCUAUCGCAACGCAGAUGUCUUAUGCAUCAAAAGCGAGAAACAAGCUCUUCUUCAUUUCAAGCAACACCUUAUAGAUCCUUCAAACCGAUUAUCAUCUUGGUCUGCUUCAAAAGUGGAUUGCUGCAACUGGACUGGAAUUGUUUGUGACGAGUUAACUGGCCAUGUCAAAGAGCUCCACCUCCACAAUUCUCUGUAUAAUUGGGAAAACCAGGUAGAGCUUAACGCUUUUGAAAGAUCAAGGCUUCAGGAUAACAUAACCGCUUCGUUUCUUGAAUUGAUCAUCUUAGUUACUUGUACCUGGCUCGAGGGAUUAAUACCUCACCAACUCGGAAAUCUUUCCCGUUUGCGACAUCUUGGUGUUCAAGGUCCUAAUGUAUAUAUUGGCCAAACCAAACUAUUUAACUGGGGUGAACCUUUUCCAGCAUCAGACUGGUUGCUGAUAAUAAAAAAGCUCCCUUCCUUGUCAGAAUUACGCUUGUCUGAUUGCGGUCUUGUUCGUCCGAUUCCCAGUGGUUUUCCAAACCUGACUUCCCUCAGAAGCCUGGAUCUUUCUUCUAAUAAUCUCCUUUCUCCACUGCCGAAUUGGUUGUUUAGUCUUGAUGGUCUUCUUUCUCUUAACUUGGCAAGAAAUAAUUUUGAGGGUGCAAUUCCCAGUGGCUUGAAGAACAUGACUGCUCUUAGAAAUCUUGAUCUCGGUGAUUUCUCCAGUAAUCCCAUACCUGAAUGGCUUUAUGAUUUUCGAUAUCUCGAGUCCGUUGAUCUCCACACAACUAACUUGCAGGGUAAAAUCUCAAGCACUAUUCAAAAUUUGACUUGUCUCGUUCGACUCGAUAUAUCAUACAAUGAAAUUGAAGGGACCCACCCAAGAACCAUGGGAAGUCUUUGUACCUUGCAGGUUAUUAUUUUAAGUGGUAACAAACUUGGGGGAGAGAUAUCAGAUGCUUUUGUCAACAUUUCUGGUUGUCUUUCAGAAGGCUUUGGAUUUAUCAGGGAAUCUAAUAUAUGGACAGCUAACAAAUAUGCAAGAACUUUACAUUUCCUGCAGUAUGCUGGAAGGUUUUGUGACCGAGGUUCAUUUUGCAAAUCUUGCCAAUCUGAGAACAUUAAGCGCAUCUCAGAAUCUCUAGUUCUGAAAGUUAGUCCAGCCUGGGUGCCUCCAUUUCGCCUCAGCAGUUUAGAAUUGAGAUACUGGGAUUUGGGUCCCCAGUUUCCCGUGUGGCUUCGAUUUCAAGAUUGUUUUUGGAACCUGGACCUCUAUUGCACCGGGAUAUCAGAGAGCGUUCCUACUUGUCGCUUCAUUUGCGUAAUAACAGCUUAUUCGGAGAAAUUCCUCUCUUUGGAGAAGUGCAAGGAGCUACUAACUCUUAAUCUUGGGUUUAAUAAUUUUGUUGGCAAGAUUCCAGUGUGGUUGGGUAGUAGCCUUCAAAUCCGAUGGUUCUUGGUCUUCGUUCGAAUAAUUUCAGUGGUGAAAUUCCUUCAGAAUUUUGUCACCCUGACUUUCUCUUCUGUGGACCUUGCAAACAACAAUCUAGUAGGAUCGAUACCCAAAUGUCUCAACAAUCUCACAGCCAUGAUCAAAAGAUUGCAGCAGCGAAGUCCAUACUCAGGCUAUCAGCUGUCUUAUUCCUUCUACUUGGGAACGUUUUUGGAGGAAGCAUUGGUGGUAAUAGAAGGAAGGGAAUCUCGGUAUGAUACCAUUUUAACGCUGUUAACUAGCCUCGACAUUUCAAGCAACAAGUCAUCAGGAGAGAUUCCCGAGGAGAUAACUGCUCUCUUGAAUUUGAGAGGACUGAAUUUAUCAGGAAAUCUUUUGACAGGAGACAUCCCGAGAAACAUUGGUGAUAUGCAAACACUCGAAUCAUUAGACUUAUUAAGAAACCUGAUAUCUGGUAGCAUUCCCCCAAGCAUGUCAAAUCUAAAUUUCUUGAAUUACGUAAAUUUGUCGUACAAUAAUCUGUCAGGAAAAAUUCCAGUCAGCACUCAACCUCAAAGCUUAGACGCAUCAGGUUUCAUUGGCAACAAACUCUGUGGAGCACCACUGGCAGAAAAUUGCAGUACAAAGAGCGAGAAGACAUUGCCUGAUAGCGGGAAAGAAGAUAUCAAGUUCUCUUCUUGGUAGUAUAAUUAAAUCUGAUGAUCAUGUCCAUGUUCAUAUUGUAGGAUUUAGAUUUCAUGUUAGGGAAGAAUUAGAAUGUGGAUUGUGGAAUAAUUUGAAGGAUAGUUUUGUAUAUCAGCCUUCUGAUGCGUGUAUACUAUCUGAUUUGUUCCUAUUAUUAAACUUGGUUUGAGCAUUAA